UUCCCUAAUUCCUUCGCCCGCCUCGCCUCGCGUCGGCGCCUCCAGCACUCCCUCUCCCCUCAGAUCCCAGCGACCAAAAGUAAAAGCCCCCAAAACCCAGCUAUCCGCUCGCUCUCUCUCGCCGCCUGAGACCCUAGCACCAUCGCCGCCAUGGCUGGCCCGUCAGGCGCCGCCGCCGCGUCCUCCUCCUCGUCUCGCGGAUUCGAGAAUAACCGCUUUUACAACCCACCCCACGUCCGUCGGCAGCAGAAGCAGCAGAGCCAGGCCCAAUCCCAGGGGCAGCGACCGUCGUCUCCGUCGCCGACUCACAGGUCGUCGAGGCAGAAGCCCGCGCCUCCGGCUCCAGCGGAGAUGGCAGAGGCGGCUCCGCCUAGGGAAUUGGGGAAACGGAUGGUUUCCGGUGUAUCCCCGUCGAUGCCGUCAGUGUCCGCCGUGAAGGCGCCGGCUGCAGCGGCAGAGGCGGGUGCAGCGCCGCCUUUGGUGGAUGAGGCGGGGAAUCUGGAGAGGUUCCUCAGCUCCACUACACCCUCCGUGCCUGUGCAGUACUUGCCCAAGACGAAGAUGAGGAGAUGGAGGGGUGGUGAUGCUACACAUUCAUCACCGUUUUUUUUCCUUGGAGAUCUCUGGGAAGCAUUCAAUGAGUGGAGUUUUUAUGGGGCUGGUGUCCCCCUUUUGUUAAAUGGCAGUGAUUCGGUGAUACAAUAUUAUGUACCGUACCUUUCUGCUAUACAGCUAUAUACUGACCCAUCAAGGCUUUCAACAAGGCAUCCUUGGGAGGAAAGUGACGGGGAAUCUGUGGAUACUGGCAGCGAACAUAGCAGUGGAACUGAUGCUGACCAGUUAAGAGCUUCACCCCUGGAAGCUCCAUGUCGACUGGAGAAUGGUGGCUUUCAAAGGGACGAUGGUGAAGUGCAUUCACCAUCCACUCAUCUAGUAUAUGAGUACCUAGAGAGAGAUCCACCUUAUGGUAGAGAACCUUUAACAGAUAAGGUAUCUAUUCUAGCAAGUAAAUUUCCAGAUUUAAAGACGUUCAGAAGCUGUGACCUGCUACCAACCAGCUGGAUGUCUGUUGCAUGGUACCCCAUAUAUAGAAUCCCGACUGGACCAACACUCAAGGAUCUGGAUGCAUGUUUCUUGACAUUUCAUUACUUAGCUACACCUACCGAGAAUACUGAUCCUAGCACACGUGCAUGUUCGAGUUUUGGGGGCAUCAACUGCUGCAUUAAUGAAGCUGGUAAGCUAACACUGCCUGUCUUUGGACUGGCACCAUACAAGUUGCGGAGCUCUAUUUGGUCAUCGGACAGGUCUCAACAACAGGAGCUUGCUGCCUCCCUGAUGCAGGCGGCGGAUGACUGGCUUCGCAGUCGGCAAGUUCAUCAUCCGGACUUCCGAUUUUUCCUUAACCACUACAACACAGUGUGGAGAUGACAGGAUGAUGCUUAACCUUUCGUUGUAAAUGGUCAUUAAAUAAUUUCUUUCUGUUGUCGGCUCAGCUAGGCUACAUGUAACUUAAUGUUGAUGGUCGUGUAACAGUAGCUCUAAACACUUCAGAUUUUGUGUAUCAGUAGCAGGCAACUAAUCUGUAAUGUCUCCAAUAUACAUGUUGUAGUUAGACUAUUUUUUGGGAUACAUUGUAGUUAUAUUUUUGAGAGCAAAGAACAUAGUUGAGAUACACGAAAAUAAUGGUAACCUUCUUUUUUA